AUGCGUAAUGCUCCUUUAAGCCGUUCGGUGCUUAUGCAGAGCCUGAACGCUGUAAAAAAUUAUGCUCUGGAUAUCCAGCUGAAGGUCUUCGAGGAGCACAAGGAGGAGGACAUGAUUGAGUUCUCCCAUCGCCUGGAGGACAUCAGGAGUGAACUAGAUGAUAUUGGAGAUGUCUUUAAUGUGUUAUACUCCUCUGUGAAGGACACGAGCACUGAGAGCCAUUUUCUUUCCAUACUACAGCACCUGCUUCUGGUCAGGAAUGACUAUUUCACACAGCCUCAGUAUUUUAAGAUCAUAGAGGAGUGUGUGUCUCAAAUCGUCCUUCAUCGUAGCGGCACAGAUCCUGACUUUGCCUACCGCAAACGUUUGGAUGUGGACUUCAGCCACCUGUUAGAGGUGUGUGUGGAUAAAGCCAGGGCUGAGGAGUUUGAACAGAGGGCCUCAGAGUUAGCUCAAAAGCUUGAUGAGGAGUUCCUGGGCAGACAGGAAGCUCAAGCCCAGUUGUUGAAGAAGGAGGAGAAGAUCAAUGAGCUGGAAGCUGAAAUUCAGUCCUAUAGAAACCAGUUCGGAGCAGUUCCAGUGGUGUUAACGUCAGUGCAGUCUGUACCGGCCUUGUCUUCAACUGCCUCUUCCUUAUGUCCCCCUGCCCCACCUCUUCCUCCACCUGUUCCUGGAGCUCCAGCUCCGCCACCUCCACCACUUCCACCAGGCUGUGCCUCCAUGCCCGGGAUGCCUCCACCUCCUCCUCCUCUGGGGCUGGGCGUGCUGACAUCCUCCACAAUCCAACUCAUACUGCCUUUCGGUCUCAAACCCAAGAAGGAAUUCAAGCCAGAGACUUCCAUUAAGCGCCUCAAUUGGUCCAAGAUCUCACCCCAGGAGAUGUCCGAGAACUGUUUUUGGGUCAUCGCCAAAGAGGACCGUUACGAGAAUGAGGACCUGCUGACCAGGCUCGCCAUCACCUUCAGCACACAGAGAGCUGAAGCCAAAGUGUCUGAGGAGAGUGAACCUGUGGAAGAGCCACUCAAGUACACUCGACGAGAAGAUGAGGACCUGGAGGGGAAGAAAUCCAUCAAAAAGAGGGUCAAAGAACUUAAAGUGCUGGACCCAAAGAUAGCACAGAACCUCUCCAUUUUCCUGGGGUCAUUCCGUAUGCCCUACGAGGAGAUCAGGAGAAUUAUUUUAGAGGUGGACGAGGAUCAGCUGACUGAGCCCAUGAUCCAGAAUCUCGUGAAGUACCUGCCUGAUCAGGAGCAGCUGAACGCACUGGUCAAGUACAAGAGCGAAUAUGCCAACCUCUCUGAACCAGAGCAGUUUGGAGUAGUGAUGAGUAGCGUGAAGCGUUUGAGGCCCAGACUCAACUCCAUCUUGUUUAAGCUGCAGUUUGAAGAACAAGUGAGUAACUUGCGUCCGGACAUCAUGGCGGUGAACACAGCCUGUGACGAGAUGAGGAAGAGCAAACCUUUCAGCAGGCUGCUGGAACUCAUUCUGCUCAUGGGGAACUUCAUGAACGCUGGCUCGCGGAACGCCCAGUCCUUCGGCUUUAACCUCAGCUCGCUCUGCAAGCUGAAGGACACUAAAUCGGCUGAUCAGAAGUCCACUCUGCUUCACUUCCUGGCAGAAAUCUGUGAGGAGAAAUUCCCUGAAGUACUGAAGUUUGUGGAGGAUCUACAGCAUGUGAACCAGGCCAGUCGAGUAUCAGCAGAAAUCCUUGAGAAGAGCCUGAGACAGAUGGAGAAACACCUGCUACAGUUGGAGAAGGAUCUGGACACUUUCAGCUCCACAGACGACCAGCAGGACCUGUUCCACAGCAAGAUGGCAAGGUUCUCUAUGCAGGCAAGAGAUCAGUACCUGAAGCUGGUGAUCAUGCACAGUAAUAUGAUGACCCUUUACCUCAACAUGCUGGAGUAUUUCGCCAUCGACUCCAAGAAGACCUCCGUGGAGGAACUCUUCACUGACCUCAGCAACUUCAGAGCCAUGUUCAUGCAAGCAGUUAAGGAGAAUGCAAGGAGAAGAGAGGCGGAGGAGAAGCAGAGGAAAGCGAGGAUAGCCAAAGAGAAGGCGGAACGAGAGAAGCAGGAGCGGCAGAUGAAGAAGAAGAGACUGCUGGAGGUCAACACAGAGAACGAUGAGACCGGUGUGAUGGAUUGUCUGCUGGAGGCACUGCAGUCUGGAGCCGCUUUCAGAGACCGCAGGAAAAGAGCACCCCGACCCCGAGAUGAACCAACACAAGUGCUCAGUCCGAGUCCACAAAGACCUGUUCUGAAAGACUGCAACCACGAAAACAUGAAGGCACCUCUGCAAAGGUCACGGUCGCGGCAGAAUAUCAAUUUCAACUCGACACGAGCACCCACUACCAAGGAGCCUCAUUACGAGAGUGAGCCACAUCCUUCUGCAGCCCACAGGCUGACCCACCGGCCCGAGGGGGAGAGAGAAAAAGCCAGAGCGCGAGAGAAGGAAAAAGAGCAAACUCCGACACUUUGCUCAUCCAAUGGUGACACAGAUGUGGAGGCCUUGCUGGCCCGCCUGCGUGCCCUAUGAUGACAUCACCGCUUCCCCAGACCUCUCGGGUUUGACCUCUGUAGUCAGUACGGUGACACGGACACAAAAAAGAAACACAUAGCUCGCAGUCACUUUUUGCUAAUAAAUGCCGUCGGGUUGCGCUCAUACACGCAAAGGAAAAGUCUUAAUAAUUAACCUUUCCCAUCCGUCUCCUCUGCCCUUUUACGUCUAACAGCAGACUUGUUGUCCACAGAAGUGCGAGUCUUUGUGCUGGUCGGGUCCAGGAUGAAAACUCUUUGCUAUGUUUUAUUAAGCAGCUAAUUACCAGACUGUUUAGAAUGACCUUUGGUCUUUUUUUAUGUCAUAAACAGACCAAUUAUUACUCUUUAAAAAGCUUCAUGCUGCUCUUUAAGGCAUUCAUAAAUGUGUAUUUUCACUUACAUAGACCUAUAACAGUUCAAAUGUAUCAAAUCUAAUUUUCCCUUUCCGCAUUCAGACUUAUUUAACCCUUUCAUAAACCCCCCAAAAUAUUAGCUUUAUCUUAG